CUGCGCAGGCGCAGUCCCAACAAGCAAUGCGUUUGUAGACCUGUAGGUGCGCACGCUCUGUCCCGGCGUGACCUUUUGACCCCGCUGUCCUCACCGCAAUGGCGGCCGUGAGGGCUCUGGUGGCCUCGAGGCUCGCUGCGGCAUCUGCGUUCGCGUCCCUGUCCCCCGGCGGUCGGACGCCUUCCCAGCGCGCAGCCCUUCACCUCUCCGUGCCGCGCCCCGCGGCCAGGGUCGCGCUGGUGCUGUCUGGAUGCGGAGUCUACGAUGGGACCGAGAUCCACGAGGCCUCGGCGAUCCUGGUGCACCUGAGCCGUGGAGGGGCUGAAGUCCAGAUCUUUGCUCCUGACGUCCCUCAGAUGCACGUGAUUGAUCACACCAAGGGGCAGCCGUCUGAAGGCGAGAGCAGGAAUGUUUUGACCGAGUCUGCGAGGAUCGCCCGUGGCAAGAUCACAGACCUGGCCAACCUCAGUGCAGCCAACCAUGAUGCCGCCAUCUUUCCAGGAGGCUUUGGAGCGGCUAAAAACCUGAGCACGUUUGCCGUGGACGGGAAAGAUUGCAAGGUGAAUAAAGAAGUGGAGCGUGUCCUGAAGGAGUUCCACCAGGCCGGGAAGCCCGUCGGGUGUGAUGCUUCCACGAGCCUCCCGGCACCUGCUCCUUGGUGGUCCUGGAACGCGGCGCUGCGCUGUCCAGGUCUCGGCUGCGUCUGGUGCUGGCAGGGCGAGAGCCGCACUUGCGUUGAUGAACAUCUGUGAGGUGCACUGGCAAUGGCCGCUCACUACCGGGUUCUGUCAACCGAACAAGGAUAAGGCUCUAUCGGAAUCCUCUGUCUGAGCGGGGCUGGAAAAAACACUCCCCACCCACAGUCACUCACUUAAGGACCUGCCUGGUCACCGUCCAGGGAGGCCCCUAAGGCGGAGCCACAGGAAGAGGUGCAGGCUCAGAGCUCCCGAAGGAGGUCCCUGCUGCAGCCGCGUCACAGCCGGGGUGAAGAUUUCACCCGCGGUCUCCACCUCGGGAUCCCGUCCUUGUCAGAGAAACGUUCCCGGCAUGAGCGCCCAGAGGGAGGAGGCCGUGGCCCUUUCUUUUGUGACUGAUUCAAAAUCUCGGUGAAACAAGACAGCCUCUGGCAGGCGAACCACUGCCUCUGAGCAUGCCUCCCCUGAAAACUGCGGGGCGCAAGCCCGUCUCCUCCCCCGUCCAGCCAUGAGGCUUUGCUGGAAACAGCACAGGGCGCAAGCCUGUCUCCUCCCCAGUCCAGCCAUGAGGCUCCCCUGAAAACUGCGGGGCGCAAGCCCGUCUGCUCCCCAGUCCAGCCAUGGGGCUUCCGUGCACGGUGACCCACAGGCUCUUUUCCUGAGGAAACCUAAAUCCUUAACCGCUGCAGCUUUCCUAAGAGAAGAAGGGGUGUGGCAGUGGCUCUGUGGCCGGGCACACCCUUUCCAUGUCAGCCUGCCUUGAGGUCCCUCCUGCAGCCGGCCCCACCCACCCCUCAGCCUGGUGCCAGAGGCCUGCGUGGCCAGCCAGGGACUGUUAGGUGGCCUGGCCGCUCACUGCUAGGACCCCUUCCUUGAAUGCAGUAGUCGAGGUGGGUGCUGGGCUGUGUCAGGAGCCGCUGUGGCAUCUGUUGCUGGCACUUGAUGGCUGGGCAGCUGCGUGCAGCAUCUGGAGCUGCUGAGAACCUGCUUCCCAGACUUCCUGCCUGCUCAGAGGGCGGCAGGGGGAUUUCAUCUAAUAGAGAUGAGUUUUCGCCAUGUUAGUCAGGCGGGUCUUGAACUCCCAACCUCAGGUAAUCUACCUGCCUCAGCCGCCCAAAGUGCUGGGAUUACAGGCAUGAGCCACUGCA